GCGGGACUUGUGAGAAGAGAGAAUGUACCUGCUACUGCUCUUCCUCCCUUUCUUCCGAGUUGCAGGUUCAUAUGAAAUCACAGGUCCAAAGGCUGUCAGAGGCUUGGCUGGGGGCUCAUUGACUGUGGAGUGUCGCUAUGUAUCAACUUGGAAGACCUACAGUAAGUGGUGGUGUCGAGGACCUAUUUGGCGAAAGUGCAAUAUCCUUGUUCAAACGACAGGAUCAGAGCAGAAGGUAAAGAAAAACAAGGUGUCAAUUAGAGACAAUCAGAAAAACUUCACCUUUUCUGUGACCAUGGAGGAGCUCACGCAAACUGAUACAGACACCUACUGGUGUGGGAUUGAGAGAUCUGGAACUGACCUCGGGGUUGAACUUAAAGUGACCAUUGACCCAGCACCAACUACAGUAUCAACCACCACCACCACCACCACCUCAAAAGCCAACAUGUCCACAGCGCCAGCGGAGACCAAAGACCCCCCGACUGUGACCAGCUCCCACUCCAGUGACAGGGAUAAUGCCAUGACGCUCAGCAUCCUGAUUCCCACCAUCUUGGCUGUGUUGCUGCUUCUCCUGGUGGCAGCCUCACUCUUGACUUUGAGAAUCAUGAAGCAGCAGAAGAAAGCUGCUGAGAUGUCCCCAGAGCAGGUGCUCCAGCCCCAGGAGGGGGACCUCUGCUAUGCAAACCUGACCCUGCAGCCAACCCAAACCUCCCGCAACUCUUCCAAGAAGAAGGCCUGUGCAAAGCCCUCCCUCUCUGUCCUGGAAGAUCAGCUGGAAGUGGAAUAUGUCACCAUGGCCCCUCUUUCGAAGGAGGACAUUUCCUACGCAGCUCUGUCUUGGGAGCUUUUGAAUCAGGAGGCAACCUACUGCAACAUGGGUCGCCCCGAUACCCACGUUCCCAGCAGGAGCCAGCAAGAGCCUAUGGAGUACAGCGCCAUUAAGAGACCUUAGUCUGAGCUCCAGGCCCCCUUCUCUAACCCACACGAGGCCUGUGAGCAUAU